AUGGCACAGCGCCACUGGGCGGCCUGCACGCACCCCUACAAGCGGCAAAGAAGACAGGGCGUGCUGGCGCAAGCGCAGGAGGGAGUGCCCGAUGUGUUCCUCGAGCCCGCGGUGGCGGCGCCAGCGGCGGCCACCUCGUGCACUGCCGGCGACGCCCUGCAGCUGCCCGAGCCGCAGCACAUCAUCCUGCUAGACGACUUUCUGGAUGCCGAGCUGGCGCAUCAGCUGCGGGAGUACUAUGAUGAAAAGAUGGUGCUGGACCAGCUGCGGCCGCCGGAGAAGCGGGCCGCCUGGGGAUCCUUCGACGCGCCCCCCGACUUCCGGCUGUUCCGCACCCCCGCGCACGCUUUCUUCCCGCCCCAGCUCCACGCCAGGCUGGAGGAGGCGCUCGCGCGCUACGGGGCGCGGGAGCUGGGCUGCUGCAGCGUGUCACCCAUCACGCUCAGCUACUACGUCAACGGCUGCACGCACGGCUGGCACUGCGCCGCGCCGCAGGGCCCCUUUGCCUUUGUGCUGUCGCUGACGCGGUGGGAGGGGCGGGGCUUCAGGGGCGGCGAGCUGGUCAUGCUGCAAUACAACAUGUGGGAAACGGAUGAGGCGAGCCAGAAGCUGGGGUCCACCCUCAUCGAGCCGGUGUUCAACCGCAUGGCGCUGUGGGAUGGACGCAUCUCCUAUGCUGUGCGGCAGCCGCUGCCGCUGCUCGCGGGCCUGGCGCAGGUGGAGGGGACCGACGACCCGCUGGAUGCGCGUGUGGUGCUGAUUGGCUGGUACAACGAGCCAUCCCUCUUCCUGACGGGGUCGCUGAGCGAAGCGGAGGCGGCCCCCGGCCUGGAGGCCUGCCUGGAGCGGCUGCACGCGGCGCUGGGCGAACCGGCGCCCGCAAGCGGCACCGUGGUGCUGCGCCUGUCGGUGUGCGGCGAGACUGGGCAGGUCGGCGGCGUGCGGUGGCUGGUCAACACGCUGCGGGCGGACCCAGAGGGCCACACGCCGCCCUGGGCCGUGGUGGAGGCGCAGCAGGCGGCGAUCGCCGAGCACUGCUGCGCGGCGCGCUUCCAGCCCAGCGCCGACGGCGGCGGCACGGAGAUCACCCUGCCCCUGGUGUUCAAAUGA